CAAUGCCUAUUCUGUCUAAAAUUUUUUACCUUCCGCGGCGGCUUGACAAGGCACAACGAGAACGACCAUUUCAGUAAAGGUGCCUUCGACCGUCCCUUUCCGUGUGGCGAGUGCGGUCGUCAAGGAAAGAGGCACGUCGUGGACGGGGCAGAGUACUGGAGCAACUAUGUGGAGACGUGCCACGGUCGUAAGUAUACGCCGAUGCCGCCACGGCACAGGAAGGAGGUUAGACUAGCCGAGUGA